AUGGUCACGGCUACACAAAAGAACGCUGAACCACCAACAGAACGUCUCAGACAAGCAGAAGAGUUAAAGAAUGCAAAACAGAUUGAACAAGCCAUUGCCUUGUACAAUUCCGUCUUGUCAGAGCAAUCCGCGAACGAAGAAGUACUGAAGGAACAAGAAUACGCUCUUGUCCAUCUCGGACAGCUCUAUCGCGACCUUGGUUUGGCUCAGGAACUUGCUGGUUUAAUUCGCUCAUCGCGUUCCUUUAUGGGUUCCAUUGCUAAAGCAAAGACAGCCAAGUUGAUUCGAACAAUGAUUGAUCAUUUCGGCGCCAUACCCAACUGCUUGCCACUUCAAAUCGACGUAUGCAAAGAAACAAUUGCCUGGUCUGUGGAGGAAAAGCGUAUCUUUCUAAAGCAGUCGUUGGAGACACGCCUCGUUGCACUCUACCUCGAUAACAAAAUGUACCACGAAUCGCUAAGCUUAAUCUCCCAGCUGCUCAAGGAGUUGAAGCGUUUGGACGACAAAAUGGUGCUGGUUGAAGUUCAGUUGUUGGAAAGCAGAGUAUGCCAUGCCCUGCGAAAUCUGCCUAAAGCAAGAGCAGCACUCACAUCCGCACGAACGUCGGCCAAUGCCAUCUAUUGUCCACCACUUUUACAAGCUGCUUUGGAUAUGCAGUCUGGUGUUUUGCAUUCCGAGGAGAAGGAUUACAAGACUGCGUAUUCGUACUUUUUCGAAGCAUUUGAAGGAUACUCGAGCCAAGAUGAUAACAAGGCUGUUUUGGCACUAAAGUACAUGCUUCUGUGUAAAAUCAUGCUCAACUUGCCUGAGGAUAUCCAUUCGAUUCUUGGCGGCAAGAUGGCACUGCGAUACUCGGGUGCAGAUAUCGAGGCAAUGAAGGCAGUUGCCAAUGCACAUCAAAACAGAAACUUGCAAGAAUUUGAAACAGCCCUUGCAACCUACACAAAUGAACUUAACGACGACCCUAUCAUCCGCACUCAGCUGGCUGCCCUCUAUGACACCCUUCUUGAGCAGAACCUUGUCCGCAUCAUCGAACCAUUCUCUCGAGUGGAGAUUUCUCAUAUUGCCGAUGUCGUUAAGCUCCCAACACAGCAAGUCGAAAAUAAGUUAUCACAAAUGAUCCUGGACAAGGCAUUCCAUGGCAUCCUUGACCAAGGAGCAGGAUGCUUAAUUGUGUUUGAUGAACCAGAGGAAGAUAAAACAUAUGAGACUGCCAUCGAUACUCUCAAGCAAGUCGAUAAAGUUGUUACCAGUUUGUACCAAAAGGCUGCAAAGCUUUCUUAA